AUGAGCACUUCAUCAAGGGGAAAGCAAGGGAACAAGAUGAAAGAGAAGUUUCUUGAGAACUCUGGAAUGAAUCUGUCUGGAAACUCAGCAGCAACCCAGAUCAACCUUGCAGAGGAGCAAUCUCUCUCACCAGCACACCUGAAGUGUCUCAUUCUCAUUCCUACCCAUAUGUCCAACAAGGGCAGUGUGCUUGACUAUGCCCUGCCCACACUUGCUGCAAGUGUACCAUUGCAGCACACCAAGUUAGCACAAGGGUGGCUUUGGCCUGGAGAAAUGACACCAAAUGAAGCACAGGAGGUCCAUGAAAUCACCAUCAAUGCAAGAACUGGUCUGAAGAUCUAUAUGAUGCAGCAAUACCAUAUGAUUGAGAUAUCCAGUUUCAAACACUGGCUGGAGCACAAUGCCAUGAAAGAAAUGAAAAAACUUCAAGAUAUCACAACAAACAUCUGCAAUGACUUCAAGAAUAAUGAGUAUGGUACAAGCUGGGUGCCUUUCAGCCUCCCAGCCCUCAUUCAAACUGUGGUCACCCUGCUCUGGGGUAACAAGCAAUGCAAGUGGUAUCUUGACAUUAAUAGAAAUUCUAGUACAUAG